GGGAGGGCCCCUUAUUGUGUCCAGAGAAAAUGACCAUGGAGCGGUUACUUCUCAAAUCAGAGUCAGAGGAGAGUGAAGUGAAUAGAUUCCAAUUUUCAGGGAGAAAGCUAGAGAGACAAGGAACCACCCAGUGGGCUUGGCAGGGGCAGUUUUUUAAAUAAACUCCUCUAGCCAGAAAUCAUCCUCAUAUAGGCAGCAGGGUGUGUCUCUCUGGGAGGGGACCAAAGACCCUGACCCGGGGACAUUGUGAUGACUGAGCAGAGAUAAAAAGAGGAGGAGACUGAGCAGCUGUACCUCUAGAGCCAUUUGAGGCUGCUGCAGAGGCUGGUGACCUCGGGCUGGAGAGCACAGUGGAGAGCGUUAGGCUUCUCCUGGGACUAUCUCCAAGGUCCAAGAUCAACCACAACUUCUCGGGUUACCUGACAGCAGGGCAGGGCCAGGGCCAGGGCCAGGGCCCCAGCAGAGGAGAAAGAGCUUUUACCUAGCCAAGCUGAAGAAGAAAGAGGUCAUCAUGGACUACUAGAUCAUGGCAGCAGCAACCGCCUGGAUCCUGGCACACUAAAAGAUUUCCAGCAACUUAAAGCAUUCAUCUGUGUGGGAUUUUGUAUAAAUCUUGGAAGACUGCAAUAAAGUGGCAAUGUCUCGGGAACCUAGCCCACCUCUCCCUGGAGAUAUGUCUACUGGUCCUAUAGCAGAAAGCUGGUGUUAUACACAGGUUAAAGUAGUGAAAUUUUCCUACAUGUGGACCAUCAAUAACUUCAGUUUUUGUCGAGAGGAGAUGGGUGAAGUGUUAAAAAGUUCAACAUUCUCAUCCAGCCCCAGUGACAAAAUGAAAUGGUGCCUGAGGGUAAAUCCAAAGGGAUUAGAUGAUGAAAGUAAAGACUACUUGUCCUUAUAUUUGCUUUUAGUCAGCUGUCCAAAAAGUGAAGUUCGAGCAAAAUUCAAAUUUUCCCUUCUAAACGCUAAAAGGGAAGAAACAAAAGCAAUGGAAAGCCAAAGAGCAUAUCGAUUUGUACAAGGGAAAGACUGGGGUUUUAAAAAAUUCAUUCGAAGGGAUUUUUUACUUGAUGAAGCUAAUGGUCUUUUACCAGAUGACAAGCUUACAUUAUUUUGUGAGGUGAGUGUGGUCCAAGAUUCAGUAAAUAUAUCAGGACAUACUAAUACAAAUACUUUGAAGGUGCCUGAAUGUCGAUUAGCAGAAGACUUAGGUAAUCUCUGGGAAAACACAAGAUUUACAGAUUGCAGUUUUUUUGUGAGAGGACAAGAAUUUAAAGCUCAUAAAUCUGUACUUGCAGCUCGAUCCCCAGUUUUUAAUGCAAUGUUUGAACAUGAAAUGGAAGAAAGCAAAAAGAAUCGAGUGGAAAUAAAUGAUGUAGACCCUGAGGUUUUUAAAGAAAUGAUGAGAUUCAUUUACACAGGGAAAGCACCAAACCUUGACAAAAUGGCUGACAACUUGUUGGCAGCUGCAGACAAAUAUGCACUGGAACGGCUGAAGGUCAUGUGUGAAGAAGCUUUGUGUAGUAACCUCUCAGUAGAAAAUGUUGCUGAUACCCUUGUCCUUGCAGAUUUGCACAGUGCAGAACAGUUGAAAGCACAAGCCAUAGACUUUAUUAAUAGCCAAGCAGCGGACAUAAUGGAAACAUCAGGGUGGAAGUCCAUGAUUCAGUCUCACCCUCAUUUAGUAGCAGAAGCCUUCCGAGCACUAGCGUCUGCACAGUGUCCACAGUUUGGCAUUCCACGCAAACGGCUAAAACAGUCCUGAAAUCUUCCAUGAACUGUAGAAAAAUGGAAUUGACUUUUACUCCUCCAGGUCCAGAAGGAUUCUAAUACACAAACCAUAAACAAGAGUUGUUUCUGUUGUCUUGUCCACAGAACAGAAGCUGAAAAAGCAUAUUGCUUGCAUUUCAGGUGGAUAAUUUAUGGUUUAUUCUUCAGCUUUAAAUUAGACUGAUUAUACUCUAAUUCACUUCAAGGCCUUAAAUUAUCUUCAGUGACUUCUCUUGUUCAUAUACUUUAAUUUUUUAUUGUGCCUUGUCACUUUGACUAAGGCUAUGCAGGAUUGCACUAGCUCCAUAAUGCAGUAAUAUUGAUAACUGAAGAUAUUAAGUUUCAAAAGGAUCUUCCAUUAGUUUGAGAAAAGCAUAAUGAAUAUUAUAGGUUUGUCCUAUGCUGUCUCAAAGUUUAAAACUAGGUUCUUCUUAAAAGCACUUGUAUUGGAGAUUACUAAUAAUGUCUCCAGUCUAAGUUCUAUAAAUAUAGGAGAACCUGCUUACCUUUAAGGUAAGUUACGGCAAUACACUGCUUCAAUUCUAAUUUAUUUUUCAUUUCUGGGGCAAAUAUGCAAUGAGUUGGCCCAAAUUUUUAGUAAAAUUUGUGAUGUCUGUCUGUGUGUUGACUGUCCAACAAACUAAGAGAAGCAUAACAAACCUUUGCUUGUGUGUUUUUUUUUUGGGGGGGGGGGGGUGGUUUUUGUUUUUUUUUUUUUUUUUGUGGGUUUAUUCAGGUUUACAAUGAUUGAGAACUGAUUGAGGUUAAGAUUUCAAUAAAAAGAAAGCAUGUUUUGUGCGGAACUAACUUUUUUUUUUAAUUUAUAGUGACCUACAUUUAUAUGAAGAAUUCUGUCCAUGUUGAAAAUAAGGAUGACCAAAUGUAAAAUUAAUGAGUGGGCCAAUUAAGAAAUAUAUGCACUUUUAAUGUGUAUCUUUUGUAUGCUAAAUGGUACAUAUAUUUUUUUUUUGUUUUUGAGGGUAUUAAUAGGGUAUAAUUAAUUGUGUCUUAACUUUUGAAAGAAUUUUUUAAGAUCGAUGGAGGCAGUUGGGAUGUUUGUGAUAAUAAGAAAGAUAUUCUUGAUUAUAGUUAAUUGGUUUGAAUUUCAGAUAUUUAUCAUUGAAUUUAUUCCUGUCUUAUCACACUUUGGAGAAGGCGAUUUGAACAAUAAACAAAUCCUUAUCACACUUUGGAGAAGGCGAUUUGAACAAUAAACAAAUAAACAAAAAUAAACUCUCCUUCUGAAAACAGUGAACUGAUAUUAUUUGCAGACUAAAGGAGAGAGAGCCCUUAGAAAUAUGUUAGGCCACACUCUGAACCUUUUCUUUCCCCCCUAAGCUUUCUCCUUUCUGUUUCAGUUACUGUACUAACAUUGUGGAUGAUAUUGAAAUUCUGCAUAAUGUGAACAGGAUAAACUAUUUAUAAACUGCUUUUCAUGGGCCAGUUCUUUAUUAUAAAUGAAUUUAGCUUUAAACACAUACACAUAUUCAGUGUUUAGAUAGCUCUGUUCGCAGUGGAGGUCUGUUCUGGUGCAUUGUCCCAGAGAAAUAGGAAUGAUCAGUGGCAAGUCACUGCAUCUGAUUUCCUGUAAUAGUGACAAUAUGCUUCUUAGGCAAAGUUUAUACUUGACCAUAAGGGAAAAGGUGUCACUGGAAAAAAAAAAAAACGCAUAUUCUUAUAUAUUCACAUAUAUACUUUAUUCUCCAAAUUAAAAUUUGUAUGAUGUGUUUAUUUAAUUUUUGAAUUUAGGACAAAAAAAAUGAAGCCCGGGGUUUUAAAAUAGAUUUUAUUUUUGUUAUCUCUUUAUUAGGUAUUCACUGAAGCAGUCUUACUAUAUAAAGAGUGAUUCAUAUUUACAUUAAACAUAGACUGUCAAAUAAGUGUUAUCCACAACAAACUGUAGUUUGAAAAGAUAUUUUCAGAUAUCUUCAUUUCUUUCUGUGUAGUUUAAUUGGAAUCUUUCUUGUGUUAAAUCUGAAGAAAAAUCUCUUGGGAUGGAAGGAUUCUUACAUAUUAUUGGACUCCACCUUGUGUAAGAAUAUUGGAGGCAGCAGAAACUUACUUCCUUAACCAGAUUGAGUCCAUUAAAUUUACAAUGUACAAAUUUAAUAUGCACACAUACAUAUACAAGUUAAGAUUUUGAUAUUUUGCCACAGUCUUAAAAUUCCUCAGGCUAUAGAACCUUGUUUUAAUACAUCAAAAGUACUGGUGUAUCAGUUUAUAUCAAAUGCACACAGGCACAUUGUGAAUUAAUUCACUGCUUGCAUCUACAUUUCUAACCAUAGUGACUUCAGUAAUACCCAUAUAAUGAACACUGCGGCUUGCUCCUACCUACUUACUUUAGUGUUUAUUGCAAAUCUUAAGGGUUUUAUUAUAAAGUUGUUUUUUGUUUUAAGUUUGGUAGCACAUUUUGUACCAAAAACGUCAAACACUGUGCUGUGAGAAUAUCCACGUUUGUAGAAAUGUCCACUUUUUAGAUAAUAUAAUGCCUAUCAUUAUACUAACAGAAUCAUAUCAUAGUUGAUUUAUUUUUUCUUUUUAUUUAUUAAGGUUUGUUUUUGUUUUGUUUUUUGUUGGUAUUGUGGGUUCUUGAGGCAAUGAAAAAAACUUAAUGUAUUCUGAUGUGAGUGCUCUAAUAGACUUUUUUAUUUUUUCAUUUUGAAACCACACACAUUGUUUUCUGUAGGCACAGACUCUGUCCUGAGCAGUUUUGCCUUUUGUCAGCCUGCUCUUGUUUACCUUUUAUCACCUAAACAGAGCUUUCCUUAGAAAAGUAGUGAUUCGUUUUAAAUGUUACAUGUUAUCAAAGUAACCAUUGGAGAACUGUUCAUCAGCUUGAGAUACAGAAACACUAUAUUUGUGCCUUUUUCAUUUUUAAAUUUUAACAUAUAUUGGUAUUUAGAGCACAAAUAUGAAGGUGCCAUAAUGUUAUGGCUUGCCAUUGUUACCUCCUUGAAUACUCGUGUGUCAUUGUCUUGAUUGAAAUAGUAAUUGGAGAACCAUGCAUGUAUUAUGUCAUUUGUGUGUGUGUGUGUGUGUGUGUGCGCACGUACUUGUGUUUGCUUGGACUUGUGUGUGGUAUGUUCAGAAGAGUGAAUUUCUGAAAAUAGGACUCAGUUAAAUGUUGAGAAUUCAGGUUAGUUGAAAUAUUUCAUUAAAUGUGCUUUAUUUUGGGGUACAAUUGGUUGACAGGAAAUUAUAAUUUUCAAAUGUGACCAUUUAUUGCAUGAUGAAAUGUGAAAACAGUGCCUUUUUAGGACAUCAGUUUUAAAGUUAAGUUUUAAAAUAUUUGCAAAGACCUCUUAAAAACUUGUCAUGAACAUUAUUAGCUUAUUUUUAAACUAGACCUAAGUUAGAAUUUAAAUUGCCAAAUAAUUACUGAUUUAUUUACCCAUGUAAGUUUUGUGCAUAAAUGUAAAACUAAGUAAAAUUCUUUAUAAAAAUGUGGAUCGUAUUUGCUACCCCGUGGACACUAGAGACUUUAGUAAAUUAUUUUAUUAAAAUCCAACUCAGCAAGCUUUCCUCAUAACAAGGUGUUUGAAAGGUGAAUUAUUCUGACUCAGACAUUCUUGCUCUUUGAUGGAUAAAAUAAAAAUAUUCAGUGUAUUCUUGCAAAAGGAGGUGGGGGGUUUUACUGUUUUCAGAUUAUAAAGACUGCACUUUCAGCACAUGAGUAUUUUGCAAACCUCUUUUAUACAGAUUAUAAGCUCUACUUUAUUUAAGUGUUCAUGGAAUGAUGUCAAUUUUAGGUCUAGUUGAACAAAUAUUGAGUGCCUACCAUAUGGAAGACUUCCUCUUCACUAGGAAUAAAAUCACCACACCGUGUCUUCUGUUUGCAGUAUGUGGAUUUUAUGUUUGAAAAGGAAUUCUUAUAUUUAAAUCUUUCUGUUUGUUAGAGUUUAUCGUUGUAUACUGUAACCUAGUUAAUUUCACAUCCAGUUUUUUAGAAUGAAGAUAUAACUUAAGUGAGUCCCAUUUUUGAAAAUAAAAUUCUGCUAAAAUUAUUUAGAAAUUAAUUUUGGGGGAACUUGAUUUUCAAGAUUCAAAUGUGUAAAGACUUAUAUUGAACUUUUCAGCCUCAUUUUUAAUCAGCUGAUGUUAAUGAUGAGAUACAUACUUUUUGUAUCUUGUUGCUGAAAAUAUUUUUUGCAUUUCAGCACAUUGAGUUAAAAUAAAGUUGUUACUACUUAUUCAGAA